AAUGUAGUUCGUACUAAGCUUAGUUACCUGCUGUUCCUGCUGCUCAUAUUUUCAUACAAAAACCUUUGCUCUUCAAACGCCGUCGUUCCGUAGUGUAGCGUUCCAACAUGACGGUGACACCUAAGAUCUCGGUUAACGAUGGGAACCUGGUAGUUCAUGGCAAGACCAUACUAACUGGAGUGCCAAACAACAUUGUGCUAACUCCAGGAACCGGAAAGGGUCUUGUGACCGGUGCUUUUAUUGGUGCCACUGCUUCCAACAGCAAAAGCCUCCAUGUCUUUCCAAUGGGUGUCUUAGAGGAUGUUCGGUUCUUGUGUUGUUUCCGGUUCAAGUUAUGGUGGAUGACUCACAGAGUGGGAACUUGUGGGAGGGAUGUUCCAUUGGAGACUCAAUUCAUGCUUAUAGAGAGCAAAGAGAGUAAAGAUAACCAGGAGAAUUCUGCAACAAUCUACACUGUCAUGCUUCCUCUCCUGGAAGGCCAGUUCCGUGCUGUUCUACAAGGCAAUGACAAAAACGAAAUCGAGAUUUGCCUUGAGAGUGGAGAUCCAGCUGUUGAGACCAAUCAAGGCCUUCACCUGGUCUACAUGCAUGCUGGUACCAACCCCUAUGAAGUCAUCAACCAGGCUGUCAAGGCUGUAGAAAACUAUAUGCAAACUUUCCUUCGUCGUGAGAAGAAAAAAUUGCCAUCUUUUAUUGACUGGUUUGGCUGGUGCACAUGGGAUGCUUUCUAUACUGAUGUCACAGCAGAGGGUGUUAAAGAAGGCCUUAGAAGCCUGUCAGAGGGGGGCACAUCCCCUCGGUUCCUCAUCAUAGAUGAUGGUUGGCAACAGAUUGAAAGUAAACCAAAGGAUGAAGAUUGUGUUGUACAAGAAGGAGCACAGUUUGCUACAAGAUUGACUGGUAUUAAGGAGAACGCUAAAUUUCAAAAGAAUGAACAGAGCAAUGGUACAAUCUCAGGCCUGAAACAUGUUGUAGAUGAAGCAAAGCAACAUCACAAUGUGAAAUAUGUUUAUGUUUGGCAUGCUCUAGCUGGUUAUUGGGGUGGAGUAAAGCCAGCAGCAAGUGGCAUGGAGCAUUAUGACACUGCCUUAGCAUACCCAGUGCAGUCUCCAGGUGUCCUUGGAAACCAACCAGACCUUGUCAUGGAUAGCUUGUCGGUACAUGGAUUGGGUCUGGUGCACCCGAAAAAGGUUUUUGAUUUCUACAAUGAGCUCCAUGCUUACUUAGCUUCAUGUGGAGUAGAUGGAGUGAAGGUUGAUGUGCAAAACAUUAUUGAGACCCUUGGUAGUGGUCAUGGUGGUAGAGUCUCACUUACUCGCAGCUAUCAUCAGGCGCUUGAGGCGUCUGUUGCUCGUAAUUUUCCUGACAAUGGAUGCAUUGCUUGCAUGUGUCAUAACACUGAUGGCCUUUAUAGUGCCAAGCAAACUGCUGUUGUGAGAGCUUCUGAUGACUUUUAUCCACAUGAUCCUGCUUCCCACACCAUCCAUAUUUCAUCCGUUGCAUAUAACACACUUUUCCUUGGAGAAUUCAUGCAACCUGACUGGGAUAUGUUCCAUAGUUUACAUCCAGCUGCAGAGUAUCAUGCUGCAGCUCGUGCAGUCAGUGGAGGUCCAAUUUAUGUUAGUGAUAAGCCAGGAAGGCACAAUUUUGAUCUUCUUAAAAAACUGGUUCUGCCUGAUGGUUCAAUUCUCCGUGCCCAGUUGCCUGGCCGGCCUACUGUUGACUCUCUCUUUCUUGAUCCAGCAAGAGAUGGAACUAGCUUGCUCAAGAUAUGGAACUUGAACAAAUUUUCUGGAGUGGUUGGGGUGUUUAAUUGCCAAGGUGCUGGAUGGUGCAAGAUAGAGAAGAAAACCCGAAUUCAUUGUGCAUCUCCUGGGACACUUACUGGCUCUGUUUGUGCCUCUGAUGUUGAUUUCAUUGCUCAAGUGGCAGGUGCUGACUGGCAUGGCGACACUAUUGUUUAUGCCUACAGAUCAGGUGAGGUAAUUCGGCUACCAAAAGGUGCUUCGUUGCCAGUGACACUUAAUGUUUUAGAGUAUGAGCUUUUCCAUUUUUGUCCAAUCAAGGAAAUUGCACCAAGUAUUUCAUUUGCACCAAUAGGUCUACUGGAUAUGUUAAACACUGGAGGUGCUGUGGAACAGUUUGAAAUCCAUGAAGAAUCUGUAGCGCCUAAUGGAGAGAAAUCAGCAAAAGCAACUAUUACUCUCAGAGUCAGGGGAAGUGGCAGAUUUGGGGUCUAUUCUUCCCAGCGCCCACUUAAGUGUGUGGUUGGUGACAAUGAAACUGACUUCAACUAUGUCUCAGAUAUUGGGUUGAUAACCUUCUCAAUCCCAGUACCAAUAGAGGAGAUGUACAAAUGGUUGAUAGAGAUUCAAUUUUGAGUAGUUAAUUAUUUCCAUUUUGGGAAUGUUGGUUGAGGGUUUUAUGACAAUAAAAUUUAGAUGUAGCAGUAGCAUAGGGUGGGUAGAGUGGUUUUUGGUAUGAGUGUAUCUUUGGUGGGGUUGAGUUGUUCUUUGCCAAGGGAUGUCUUUCAUUUAAUAAAAACUUGCACGUUUUUCCAAUUUUGAGUGAAUUCAUGUUCUUUAUUGCCCUUGGACACACUAAAAUAGGAAAAAGAGUGGAAAAAAGUACAAAUAAGAUUGUUUGGAUCUGUUUUUAAAGCAUUGGUGAGCAAGUUAAUGGUUUAGUAUUCUAAUUAAUCUCAGCAUCAUGUUGCUGUUUGUGCUCACUGGUCCUGGAGUCUUUCAUGAGGAUCUGAGGCAAGUUUUAAUCGAUAAUAUUAAAGAUUGUAAGCACCUCUGAAGAUUAGACAAUACUGGAAAAUAGUUAUAUUGGAUCUUGUCAUGAAUAUGAGAAAAGGAUGAGGAUGGAAAGACUAAUGACACUUUAUCUAUUACAAAUGUUUUUGUUACUUUGGUAUUAGGCUAUCUUUGAAUAUUUAAGAAUGUAUAUGAUAACAUAGAAAGAGAUGAG